GUUUCCUAAGUUUCCCAACUCGUGCUUUGAAAUUACUGCCAAACGAACAAAUGGAAACGGCGGGUACGUCUCAUAACUUGAAUGAAGAUGUGUUGUUUGGUAUGUAAUUAAGUCGGCGAGUGAAAAUAUUUGUUUUAUUAAGAAUGAUUGGGAAUGCAGAAGACUUGGAAGAUUCCAAGGAGAACAUUCAGCCCUUGAAGCAAGGGCGAGUUGUGUCGCAACUCAGCAUGGCCCUAAAAGCUCAAACUGAUUCUUCAGUCCAGCAAGAGUUGUUGGAACAGCAGAGGUACCACGAGAUGGAGAUUCGUUCUUACGAUGGAGAUGACCCUCUAGAGCCGUGGUAUGACUACGUGGCUUGGGUGGAACAAAGUUUUGUGAAGGAUGGUCGAGCAAGCCAGCUGCAGCUGUUGCUUGAGAAGUGCCUCACAAAGUUCAAAGACAAUCCCAGAUAUCAUCAAGACUUGCGCUACAUCAAACUUUGGAUUACAUAUAUUGAACUGCAGGUACAUCCACAGGAACUGUACAAUUCUGUGUUUAUUCAUGGCAUUGGCACAAAGUCUGCCUUAUUUUAUAGGUCUUGGGCCUAUGAAUUUGAGCGAAUUAAGGAUUUCAAAAAUGCAGAUAAGGUGUAUAGAUUGGCCUUCGAGAACUUUGCAGAGCCCAAAGAAGAGUUGGAGGCAGCCUAUCAGAAGUUCACGAUGGCAGUGGGGCAGGCGGCCCUGGGGUAUGAGGGGCCUGUCCCAGAGAAGCCCCUGGACGAGCAGCGCUUGGUGUUGUCGAAGCUGCACUCUGGGAGGAAAGGGCAGGUGAUCUCUCGCGUGGGCAGUGCUGUUCAGAACAGGAUGCCCAUCAAGUUCAAGCAAGGGCAGCAGACGGAUGGCAAUGUGCAAGGAUUUGCCAUUAAAAUUUUUGAAGACAACGCAGAGGCGAACUUGUACCAGCGCUCGGAGCUGCAGCACGUCCCUCGCAGGGACGUCCUGACCAAGGAGAAUGUCCAGAAGCCUGGUCCGUGGACGAACGCCCACCGCAAGACCAAGCUUGGUGCAGCAGCGGUUUCUGCGCCACGAGUCCCUGGUCCUCACUUUCCCAUUCAUGAAGAUCAAUCAGAAGGUUCCCCUCAUGCACACCAUCCAAGUAAUGAUUUACUGCCUACUUUGAAAGUGAGAAAACACCAAGUCUGCGAUUUCAAAUGUCCCAUUGCAGUUUUUGAACAAUCAGAUCCUACUAAAAGGCCCAUGUAUAUAAAAGACAAGGUGUAUGCUGGAAAUGUUGAAUUCAGCCUCGAAGAACUUCGAGCAAAUACGUACAGAAAAAGAUAUGCAGAAGGUUUGAAGAAAUUGAAGAACAGAUCACCAGUUGAUGACAGAAUCAGUCUAUCGCUGUCGUGUGGAAAUGUGGAACAAACAAGCUCAGAAAGAUUGACCUCACACACAGAUGGAUCAGCUGCUGGUUAUCGAGAAGUCUGUCAGAAUCUGCCACAGGUCAUACAAUCACAGCAGCAUGCCCAGAUGUCUUAUCCUGACACGGACUCUGAUAGGCCACUACUGAGGGAGCAGGAGCCUACUAAAAAUGUGACAGAAUUUUUUGUACCCCAGCAUGGCUCUCAGUCAAGGGCAGUGUUUGAGAGUGAUCAGUCUUCACUGUGCAGCCAGUCUAUAACAGUCAACACCAAAGAGGCACUCAAGACGGUUGGUGAACUGUGGAAGACGCCCAUGGACAAGUGGUCACCACCAUCCAAACCUUCACAAAACAUAUGCCACUCGCUCUUCCCGGGCAAUGUCAGCGCUACCUCGGAAGUGAAGAGUGUGCCCUUCCAGAUCUACCCCGACGAUCAGUCCAUUUGUCAGCCUAGUCAGCCCAUGCCUCCGGUGUCAGAGAAGAAGCCCAUCAAGUCGAUACUGAAGGCUCCUCCGAAGGUUUUGGUGCACCCCCCUCACGAGCAGCUCCCUGGAAAGUGUGUCGAUCUAGCACAGGGAAAAGAAAAUAUCAAUUUCUUUGUAUUUCAUGAUGACGACAAUGAGGAUGUGGACUGUCCUCAUCAGUCAGAAACCCCGAAGCAGGACAUUCCAUUUGUACCGUCGCCAGGCAUGUCUGAGGAGGAACUGUCAAAGCUGAAAGACAGUGAAGUAAAGGAGAACAUUGCACCGUUAGGAUCGGCGGCCGUCAAGAGGACACAGCAGGUUGAUGCUGACAGGAUCCUCCAGCUCUCCAAGACUGUUCCCUUCCUCCCGCUCGAGGAGCAAGAGAGACUGUGCAGCGAGGAGUAUAAUGAUCUUGGAGUUCGGAAGCUGCCCGAAAACUCUGAAAUUGGCAAUGAAACCUGCAACACCCAAGCAUUUUGUUUUCCAUUGCCAUCUUCAACGCCGUUCACCAUUCACUCACGUAGAUUCCAGGGUCUCUGCGAUGAUUCUGAACCUGAAGAGGGCAGUACUAUAAGUCUCAUGAUGAACGUAAACAAGAAGAAAGAAGAGCCAAAAAUAGUGUGUGAAGGUAACAAGAAGGAAGAAGAGCCAAAAAUAGUGUGUGAUGGUAACAAGAAGGAAGAAGGGCAGAAAACAGUGCGUGAGGCUAAUAUCAUCAGCAUGAAGGCACCAACUCCAGCUGGCAGGCAUUGCAACCUCAGUGACGUCAUGGAAGAAUCAUCCAGAGAGUACAAAUCCAGCAGCUCAUCGGGAAGCAGUGGAAUGGUCACGAGGCGGACAACAUACUCAGUAAAAGAAAGUCUUGGAAUAAUUGAUGAAAUGAGCUCAAGAUAUGAUGAAGGUGAUAAACAAGUCUCCAUUCCUCAGUCUGGUCACAGAAUUGAGCAUCAGAGCAUGAAUGUGGUGUAUACGAGGGAAGAAAAGACUGAAGUUCAAGUGGCAACGCGGGGCAUUAUUUUUAAUGGUCAGAACAGCGAGAUGGCUGCCCCAGCCCUGGACCGUCCGGACAAUGUGGUAGAAGGGAGACAGUUGGACCUGGAGGAACAAGAUAAUGACCUUUCUGGACAUCCUGUGCUGAGAACACUCAUGAGCCUGACUAUAGAUUCUGAUUUUGAUCCUUUCAGUGACGAGUUACAAGAAAUGGUGUUGAAGAGACAGAAUUUCCCAAAAUAUUUUGAGUCUGAUUACGUAAGGUGUACAUCUGAUCUACCAUUUUUUAAAUCUUCAAGCACUGUUAUUUUAGGUUCAGAGAAAUUCAUGUUGAGUGAAAUUAUUGGAAACGGUGCCUAUGCUAAAUUGAUGAAAGCAACACAUCUUGGAUCUGACAAAUUAGUUGCUCUUAAAAUUCAAAAUUCCUCCUGUGACUGGGAAUUUUACAUCAGCCGGCAGAUUCAGAAGCGGCUGUCGGACAAAUCAAUGGUGGCUGCAUUUAUCCAUCCAGAUGCUGCCUUCACGUUCAGUAAUGGGAGUGUACUGGUGCUGGAGUUGCUGCCUUAUGGCAAUGUACUCUCUGUUUGCAACAAAGUGCGAGAGAAAACUGGCCGGUGCUUGAACCAUCUCAUUGCUACAUUCUGGACACGGGAGCUCCUCAGCAUUGUGCGACAUCUUAUGAAGUGUAACAUUAUUCAUGGAGACAUGAAACCGGAUAACCUAAUGCUUCAUAUUCUGCCAACGGUAAAUCUGCAAGUGCCAACCCUCAAGUUAAUUGACUACGGCAGAAGUAUUGACAUGUUGCAGUUUCCAGCUGGAACUUCAUUCAAGAAAGUGGUCACAACUGAUGAUUUUCAGUGCAUUGAAAUGCAAACCAAGCAAGAGUGGACGUACCAGACUGACCUGUACGGUGUUGCUGGAAUUGCACACUGUUUAUUGUUUGGCAGUUACAUGAAAACAUACAAGCUAAAGUCUCGUGAGUGGACAAUUGAAUCUUCGUGCCCGAGGUAUGUCUGCAGAGAAGAGUGGAAGAACUUUUUUGGCACUCUUUUGAACAUUGAGAAUUGUGAUAAAAUACCAGACCUCCUGCCGUUAGAAACUGCAUUCCAGAUGUAUUUGCAUGAACAGAAGGCUUCUCUUACAUAUGCUUUCAAUUUUAUGAACAACAUUUUGAAUGACAAGUGAGAGUGGGUGUAUUCACUGUAACAUUUAUGUCACUAGUGUGGUUAACAUUGUAUGAUAUAUGUUUUUCAUUAAUAUACAAAAGAUUAUUAAUUCUUUUAUGUCUUAUCUUGCCUAAUUUUGUCAGUAUUAUGAAUCUGUUCAGAAUUGGUGCUGCUUUGUAUUACUGUCUUCAUUUUUAUCAAUGUUAGGGUUGGAGACAUGUUACUUAAAUUAUUUACCAUUACUUAAGAAAACUUUACAUUUAACAUUUUGAAAACAAAUAAGUGUAAAAAAAACUCUUUUGUGUACUAUUUUUAUAAAUAAAUAUGAAUAGCUAA